CUUUCGUUUAUGUCAACGGAGUUUUACAACGAAUUGUUAUCUUGACGCCGUUUCGCGUGGGUUCAGAAGAAAAUAAAAUUCGAAACAGAAACUUUAUUAAAAUGGCAUCAAGACGCAGACGCGCUUCAUUCAGUGAUGAAGAGGACGAAACAAGUCACAGGUCAAAAAGACGCAGGACAUCGGAGAAUGUUGACAUUGAAGAUCGCCUGGAAUCUCUUAUCUCAAGAGUGGGAGAAAAGAGUACCUCAUCACUAGAAAGCAACUUGGAAGGUCUUGCCAGUGUCUUAGAAGCAGAUUUGCCUAAUUACAAGACCAAGAUUAUUCGGAUUCUUUGUGAAUGUGCAGUGAAGUUACCAGAAAAGCAGUCAGUGUACACAACACUGGUUGGGCUCCUGAAUGCCAAGAAUUUUAACUUUGGAGGAGAGUUUGUUGAAAUGCUUGUGAGGCAGUUGAAGGAAAUGCUGAAAACUGAAAAAUUUGAAGAAGCAAGAUUGAUUGUGCGUUUCCUUGGAGACCUUGUAAACUGCAGGGUGAUAGCCGCAGGGUCCCUCCUGGCCAUGUUUGACAACUUUGUGGAGGUCACACUGGAGGACAAUAUACCUCAGGUGCGAUCAGAUUGGUAUGUGUAUGCUGUUCUAACGGCCCUCCCUUGGGUAGGCAGAGAACUUUAUGAGAAGAAAGAUAUGGAGUUUCAGAAGUUACUGGUUACUAUUGACAACUACAUCAGCAAGCGACAGAAGAUCCAUGUCCCUGCCCUGAGAGUCUGGUCUUCAGAUUCGCCUCACCCACAAGAAGAGUACCUGGAUUGCAUGUGGGCCCAGGUCAAGAACCUGCGGAACAACAAGUGGAUAGAGAAGCAGAUCUCACGACCGUAUCUUGCCUUUGACAGCGUGUUGUGCGAGGCGCUACAGCACACACUCCCGCAGAUCAUCCCACCCUCACACAAUGAGGAGGUCAUGUACCCACUGCCUACCGUUGUCUUCAGGAUGUUUGACUACACUGAUGUGCCUGAGGGCCCUGCUAUUCCAGGCAGCCACGCUAUAGAACGCUUCCUAAUAGAGGAGCACCUAAGUCACAUCAUCAAGACAAACCACCUGGAACGGAAGGACUGUGCUGCUGCCUUGUUGAGUUUCACCAUGAGAAACAAGAUUCCACUGGACUACAUGAUUUGUGAGGUGAUGUUUGGCCACCUGUUCCGUCUACCCACAUCACCGUACAUGGAGAUCAUGGUGGGAUCCACCCUGAUUGAGCUCUGCAAGCUGCAACCCAAGUCCAUGCCUCUGGUCUUGGCCCAGGCUGCAGAGAUGCUGUAUGAACGCCUGGACACCAUGAAAACAACGUGCAUUGAGCGGUUUGCCAACUGGUUUGCAUACCACUUGAGCAACUUCCAGUUCAGCUGGUCCUGGGCUGACUGGGUGGAGUGCACACAUGUCAACCCUCUCAUGCCCAAGCCCAAGUUUGUGGCAGAGGUUCUGCACAAGUGUCUUAGGCUGUCCUAUCACCAGCGUAUCAGUAACGCAGUACCGGAGUCCUUCAGUGCACUGGUCCCUGUCAAACCCCAGGCCAGAUACAAGUAUGCAGAUGAAGGGGCAGGUCAGCUGCCUGGUCUGAUGACGGCACAUCGCCUCUUAGAGGUUAUCAAGUCCAAGUGUACACCAGAAGAGACCCUGGUCGUGCUGAAGGAGUUACCCAACCCUUUGGCUGAUGACACAGACGAGCCUUCACACCAUCCCCUGAGGAUUGAUGUGUUUGUGUCCACACUUCUCCACCUGGGUGCCAAGUCGUUUUCUCACUCAUUUGCGGCUAUUUCAAAGUUCAUAAGUGUGCUGAAAAUGCUAGCAGAGAACGAGGAGGGACAGAUCUGUCUGCUGAAGAACAUGUAUGAAGUGUGGAGCACACAUCCUCAGAUGAUGGUGGUGUUAACAGACAAAUUGCUGAAGACCCAAGUUGUUGAUUGUUCAGCCGUGGCGAAUUGGCUGUUCUCUGCAGAUAUGGCACCUGAUUUUACAAAGAACUAUGUGUGGGAGAUCAUGCACUCAACCAUCAACAAGAUGAGCAAGCAUGUGGAGAAGUUGGAGAAGGAGGCAGAGGAGGCUAGAGACAUGCUCGACGCUGCCAAGAAAAAAGCGGCUGACGGGCUGGAGUACGAUGAUGAUGACAAUGUGCCGACAGAGGAGCAGGUGGAGAGAAUGGAGGAGAGACUGGAACUUGUGCAGAACCAGCAGAAACGACUCUUCCUUAUCAUAUUCCAGAGGUUCAUCAUCAUCCUGACUGAUCACCUUGCCAGGUGUGAGAGUGAGUCAGUGGACUAUCAGACACCCUGGUACAAGUGGGUCAUCGAGAGACUACAGGAAGUCUUCUUGGCGCACCACAACCUGGUGUUCCAGUACAUCCACACCCUGGAGAGUCUGCUCUUCACCAGUGACAUUGACAUUCACAUUCUAGAGGUGUUCCAGCAGUUCUGUGCACUACGCUCGUGAGCACACAUACAAAUGGACCAAUGGGAUGUGAGCACACAUUCAAAUGGACCAAUGGGAAAUAAGUGUGGUCAUGUCGGAAGUUAACCGGCAGUGGACACGCACAGGGAUUAACAUGUUAAACAUGCCACAUAUUGUUUCAAUCUCACCUUGUGGUUGGAAGACUUAAGUCAGUCUGUUAACAUUUUACUCAAAGACGGUGUACAAUUUUUGCCAUCAGUUUCAUUAUUAUUGCUAUUGUUUUUAAUGUUUAGUGUGAGAUAAAAUAAUGUAUGAUUUAAGUCACCUCAUCUUAUUAAAACUGACUUAUUGUAAGGUUUAAUUUCUUGACAGAAAUUGGAAAAUAAGAACAAAAGGGUUUAUUGGGGCUUGUUACAGAGAAAUAUUUUAUAUCUUUCAAAACAAUAUACACCAACGAAUGUGAGUAAAACAUGCACUUGGUAUGUGUGCCAUUAAUAACAUUUGGAAGCAAUAUUGGAUUAUUAUUUUUCGUUUCAGGUUUAAAAUCUUAAAAAUUAUUAUCUUAUGGUGAUAUUUUACCAAAAUCAUUAGAAAAAAUAUCACCAAUGUACAUGAACGUUUACAAAAUUUAUAUGGCUGACUAUUUAUUUUCCAGUUUAUGUCAUUUAAUGAUCCCUAUUGUAAUAGGCAUAACUCAUUGAUAGUCCAACAUGCAUUGUCCCAUCUGGUCGGAUGAUUUUUCACAGAGUAUUAUUAUGCUCCCCCAAAUAUUUUUUUGGGGGGGAGCAUAUAGUAGCCGCUUCGUCUGUCCGUCAGUGUGUCUGUCCGUCCGUGCACAAUUUUUGUCCGGGCUAUUUCUCAGCAACUAAUGACCGGAAUUCAAUGAAACUUUAUGGGAAGCUUCACUACCAAGAGGAGAUGUGCAUAUUAUCAGCCGGUUCUGGUCGGAUGAUUUUUCGUAGAGUUAUGGCCCUUUGAAAUUUUCCAUGAACUGUACAUAUAGUGCAAUUCUUGUCCGAGCUAUUUCUCAGCAACUAAUGACCAGAAUUCAAUGAAACUUUAUGGGAAGCUUCACUACCAAGAGGAGAUGUGCAUAUAAUGAGCCGGUUGUGGUCGGAUGAUUUUGCACAGAGUUAUGGCCCUUUGAAAUUUUCCAUUAACUGUACAUAUAGGGCAAUUCUUGUCCGGGCUAUUUCUCAGCAACUAAUGACUGGAAUUCAAUGAAACUUUAUGGGAAGCUUCACUACCAAGAGGAAAUGUGCAUAUUAUUGGCUGGUUCUCGUCGUAUGAUUUUUCACAGAGUUAUGGCCCUUUGAAAUUUUCCAUUGUACAUAUAGUGCAAUUCUUGUCCGAGCUAUUUCUCAGCAACUUAUUACGGGAAUUCAAUGAAACUUUAUGGGAAGCUUCACUACCAACAGGAGAUGUGCAUAUUAUCAGCCAGUUAUGGUCGGAUGAUUUUUCACAGAGUUAUGGCCCUUUGAAAUUUUUUAUAAACUGUACAUAUAGUGCAAUUCUUGUCCGGGCUAUUUCUCCCCAACUACUGACUGGAAUUCAAUGAAGCUUUAUGGGAAGCUUAACUACCUUGAGGAGAUGCGCAUGUUAUUUGUGGGUUCUGGUUUGAUGAUUUAUUUAGAGAAUUAUGGCCCUUUGAAAUUUUUAAGUUGCUAAACCAUCUAUCGUAUUAUUUUGUCCAAAGUUAUGCCCCUUAAGACAUUUCCUUUUAUCUGAAUAUAUAGUGCAAUAUUGUGACAAAAAAAGCUUUGGGGAGCAUCACCCGUCUCCGACGUUUCUUGUUUUGUCCAAAGUUAUGCCCCUCAAGACGUUUCCUUUUAUCUGAAUAUAUAGUGCAAUAUUGUGACAAAAAAAACACUUAGGGGAGCAUCACCCAUCUCCAACGGUUUCUUGUGUUUUAACAGUGCCUACUAAAGAACAACUUUUAUCAUCCUGACCGCGUUAAUGAAGUAACACCCCAUAUAAUACAUUAUGGUGUAUUUCAACCAUGUUGAAUACAGCAAACCAACCAUGUUGAAUACAGCAAACACAUGCAUUAUAUUAACAUCAUUUUGUUAUUUACAUGACAUCAUGUGAUGUUUUGGUGUUUUUUCAGCCAGGUUUUUUUGUUUAUUUUUGUAAUAAAGAUAGAAAAAUGCAAAAUAAGUGGAAUAGAUAAAAAUACUACUAUCUAGGCAAGUGUAAACCACAUGUUUAAUUGUUAAGCACAGCAUCCUGAACCACUUGCAAAGGCUCGUCAUUUAGGUUUUUAAAGGCUUGCUUAAUAAACUUAUCUGUAUUAAAAAUUACCUAGUAUAAGUGUAUAACCAAAAUGACAUUUCUUAGAUGUUCAAUAAAAAAAGUACCGGGUAAUUGUUCAUUGUAAAUUUAAUCGAACAAUUAAGAGGAAAAGGUUUUCAUAAUUUAUUUCAUUGUAAAUUUAAUCGAACAAUUAAGAGGAAAAGGUUUUCAUAAUUUAUUUCAUCUCUUUGAUCAUAAUGCGUUUUGUCCUGAAACAUGUUGAUGCUGGAAUUUCUUUUUGCAAACAAAUUAAUAUAGUUUUGACAUCACAUACUUUACUAUUCUAGAAAAUAGUCAUACUUUUUAUAUGUUUAGUCAAUAAUGAUACAUAAUUGCUAAAAGAUUUAUUGUGUGUUUUUAAGCUGUUGUAAAAAGUUCUUUCAUUGUGAAUGUAUAUGUCCAAGCACAAAUAAAACAAUGAAGAGAAAACAUUGGAAAUGGUACUAUUAUUAUAAAUUUAUAUUUCCAACCACAAAUAAAACAAUAAAUAGCAAAUAUUGACAUUUAACAACAUCAAACUAUUUAAAAUAAACACAUUAUAUCAGAAUAAUUAUUUUGUCAGUUAUUUGCAAUAGAUCACUAUUACUGUUAAACAUUAUACAUGUAGCUGAAUACAACGCUACAUGAAUGAUUCAUGAAUCAAAAACUAAGAAAUAUUUCUAAAAGUUGUCCAAUUAAUCAUACUACAUGUGCAUUUUCAAGUAUUAUAUGUUAAAUAUAGUAAUAGUUAUUACUGAUAAUACUACAUUCUAUAUUUCGAGGAAAGUAUAGAUUUAAAAAGUCUUCAAAUAGUUCAUCAUAUUGAAAAUCAACACACCCCAAAAUAAAUCUUCACUGCAUUCAAAUAUCGCAUGCUUCUAAUAUUCACUCUUGAUG